UGAGAACCUUACUUCGACACGAGACCUUGUCAUUUUCUUUUUUGCACUCUAUUGUCUUUAUUUCGUUACUUUUUCUUAACCUUUUGUAAUCUCACUUUUUCUACAAUCAAUUGUAUCCUGAUUUGACCCUUUUAAUUACGAAGACGUCUAGACUUGUUUUAUUUUUUUCGAGUGAGUUAGUCUAACACAAUGCAGUGUUUCCAGCCUUGAAUUUUUGUUGGAGAAGAAGAUCUUGGAAAACCUCCAAAACGGGAAUGCUUACCCGGUCAACGUUUUAAAAAUUGGUCUGCAGAACACUUCUAAGAUGGCCUCUGCAGAAGUCAACUCUCCACUCCAGCUGACGAAGAGCGUUAAUGAAGAGACCGAGGAGAUCCUGCGUUCUCUGUACAGUCUGAGGAGCGUAUCUGUAGUGCUGGUGGACUGCUGUAGACCACAAGGACGGCAGGAGAACAAUGAAGAGAACCACAGAGAUGUCAGGGCAAGGAAGAGAUCUGGGCAUCAGCUUCACUGCAGUUCCAGCGGAGCAGAGUUUAGUGGAAAAACACAUUCUGCUGCCUUCACCACAGAGAAGCGUUACCCUUGCAGUCAGUGUGAGAAGAGCUUCAAGACUAAAAGAGAAGUCCAAAUCCACCAACGUGUUCACACAGGAGAGAAGCCAUUUUCAUGCACGGACUGCGGAAAGAGUUUUUCAACCUCUUCUAACCUCCUCAGUCAUCGCCACGUUCACACUGAAGAGAGGCCGUACGCUUGCAGUCAGUGUGACAAGAGCUUUAAGACAAAACAAAACCUUCAAGGCCACCAGCGUGUUCACAUGGGGGAGAAAUCAUUUUCAUGCUCUGACUGUGGAAAGAGCUUCUCACGGGCUGAUUACCUCCAUAUACAUCGUCGCAGUCACACUGGAGAGAAACCAUAUUCAUGUGUCGACUGUGGAAAGAGUUUCUCACAUCCUUCUAACCUUAACUCACAUCGCCUUAUUCACACUGGAGAGAGGCCGCACGCUUGCAGUCAGUGUUACAAGAGAUUUAAGAGAAAAGAUGACCUCCUACAGCAUCAACGUGUUCACACAGGGGAGAAACCAUUUUCAUGCACAGACUGUGGAAAGAGUUUCUCACAGUCUUCUAACCUGUACAGACAUCGUCGCUUUCACACUGGAGAGAAGCCAUAUUCAUGCACGGACUGCGGAAAGAGUUUCUCAGACCCUGGUAGCCUCCACAAACAUCGUCGCAUUCACACUGGAGAGAGGCCGUACCCUUGCCGCCAGUGUGACAAGAGCUUUAAGACAAAAGGAAACCUCAACAAACACCUGCUUGUUCACACAGGGGAGAAACCAUUUUCAUGCUCUGACUGUGGAAAGAGCUUCUCACGGGCUUCUCACCUCCACUCACAUCGCCUUAUUCACACUGGAGAGAGGCCCUACGCUUGCAGUCAGUGUGUCAAGAGCUUUAAGACAAAAGGAAACCUCAACAAACACCAGCGUGUUCACACAAGGGAGAAACCAUUUUCAUGCACUGACUGUGGAAAGGGUUUCCCAACAUCGUCUGACCUCCAUGUGCACCAGGUUGUUCACACGGGGGAGAAACCAUUUUCAUGCAUCGACUGUGGAAAGAGUUUUUCAUAUCCCAACGGCCUCCGCGCACAUCGUCGCAUUCACACUGGAGAGAAGCCGUACGCUUGCAGUCAUUGUGACCAGAGCUUUAAGAGAAAAGACAGGCUCCAAAUCCACCAGCGUGUUCAUACAGGGGAGAAGCCAUUUACAUGCACCGACUGUGGAAAGAAAUUCUCACAGCUUGCUAACCUCUACACACAUCGUCGCAUUCAUACUGGAGAGAGGCCGUACCCUUGCAGUCAGUGUGACAAGAGCUUUAAAUUAAAUACACAUCUCCAAAGUCACCAGCGUGUUCACACAGGGGAGAAACCAUUUUCAUGCACCGACUGUGGAAAAUGUUUCUCACAUUCUUCUCACCUCCACACACAUCGCCUCAUUCACACUGAAGAGAAGCCGUUCGCUUGCAGCCAGUGUGACAAGAGCUUUAAGACUAAUGCAGAACUCCAAAUCCACCAACUUGUUCACACGGGAGAGAUGCCAUUUUCGUGCACCGACUGUGGAAAGAAAUUCUCACAUUCUUCUAACCUUAAGAAACACUUGUCAUCACACUUGAGAGAAGCCUUAAGCUCUCAGCCAGUGUAACGAGUUUCUCACAGUCCUCUAACCUUAAAGCUACAGUGGCGGUCAUAUGUUUACAUACCCUAACAGAAUAUACACUUUGCUACCAAUUUCCAAUAGGAUGUGACUGAUUACACAAAACCUUUUUGUUUUCAAUCCGAGGACAAUGCUCCAGCCACUCAGCUUGCCAAUCAAGCUGUGGAUGGAAGACCACCAUAUCAAUACCCUGACAUGGUCAGCCCAAACUCCAGGCCCGAACCCCCUUGAAAACUUCUGGAGUGUGGUCAAGAGGAAGCUGGUCACAAGCCAUCAACCCAAGCUCAGUAACUUGAAUUAUUGCACCAAUCCUGGAAUAAAGUCUAAAUAGAAUAAAGUACCAAAACGCAUGAUAGCUGUGACUACAAAUCGGGCUUAUUCCACCAAAUAUUGCCUUCUGAAUUCUUCCUAAUUUAAUACAGAACGAUUAUGUUGUUUUAAAGUUAAUAUCAUCUUCUUUUCUUUGCCGUAUUUGAGAUUUGGAAACAUUGCAUCUUGUGUUUUACUUUGACCAUUUUGAGAUUUUCUGCAAAUAAGUGAUCCAAAUGACAAUAUUUUCUUUCGAAAUUCAGAGGAAAUGUCGGUAGUUUUUAUAAAGAAAUAACAAUGUUUGUUUUACUCAAACACAUACCUAUCCAUAGCAAUAUCAGAAAAACUGAAAAAUUCGAAGUGGUCUCUCAAUACUUGCCGCAGCUGUAUAUAGAAAUACUGCACAGUUGAAAAGACAAGUUUGAAAGUGCUUAUGUCCAGCAUUAGCAAUAAUGUUGUCAUCAAUCUGUGGAACUUAUGGACUAAUGGAAAAUGUGAUUCUUGAGCUUUAUAAGUAAGAUUUUAUGAUUCACUGUGAUACAGACUGACACUUUUUUCAUUAUAAAUCUCAGUAUAGAUCCAUAGUAGAGCAUAUACACAGGAACCUAUAAGGGGAGGAGACAGACUGAAUGAUUACUGCAAAGAGAGACUUUUUGGAUUCACAGCAUGGAUGCCAUGACCUACCCAGGUUUAAAUGAUGAAAUUGACUUCAGGUCUUUGCUAUGAUGCGUAUGAUGUUAAGAGUAUGAUAGUUUGAAUAUGACCCAGUGUCAGAUGCCUAGCCUCCAUUAUGUUGUCUAUUAUGUUGUCUUUUUCUACCAUUCUAUGUCCUACUAUUCCGCUUUUUACUAUUCAGCAUUUUUAUAUUCAGCAUUUUCUUACCACUCUUUCAAUGCCCCAUACAUCAAUUCUUUGUGAUUAUUGUAACAUAAACGUGUUUAUACCUGACCUAUGUGACCUCUGAAGGUUUACUGUGUUACCCAGGUACCUGAGUU